GUAGACGUGUGUAAAAAAAAUUGGUACACCAAUAACGUGCAUCUAUAAAAUUGGAACCUGUGGCAGGAACGCGUUCUUAUCAUGGAUGGGUGCGGAGCGUUGUGUUGUGUGUGUGUGUGUCAUGUCAAGGCAUUUAAAUAGGUAUUUUAGUUUCCUUUGUUUAUUUUAAUAUUCAGUGAUUUCUUGUGUUUGGUUUUCGAUAACAAAUGUUGUUUUCGUAUUUUAUCAAAAGUUGAAUAUGGGUACUAGCACCAUGGGUAGUGAUUUGCAUUCAGACAAACAAGACAAACUUUUGAAGCUUCAAGCUCGGAAGAAGGAAUUGGAGCAAAUGCUCGCUGCCAAAAACGAGGAACUUUACAAAUUGUGCGUGCAAGAAGUUCAGUUAACUGGUAUUGUACCUCCAGAAGCUCCUUUGAGCCCUGAAGUUCCGCAACGAGAAAGAUUAGGCAGUGUAAAAAGUACUGAAAGAUCAACUGAUGGUAACGAUGUUCAAGAUGGUUCCGAUAAUUCAUCAAGGCGUCUUAGACUUUGCUCAGAUCGUCUUCUCGAUGCUGAUCAAAUUUCACGCAAAAAUCAUUCUCAUAGGCUGUCAACUCCGUCUAUAUCAGGUAUGUCAACGAAGAGCGCUCACCCACGACACAUACGUCGUCCGGAGACGAGUUGUUCUAAUUUUUUUCCUUCACCACCACAAGAGAGAAACCCAGAGACAUUUUCUAUACAUACAUCUCAUACAUACCCUGCAUUAGCUGGUCGGCAAGAGCCUGUUUUAGACAUGCACAAUGAUCACCAAGCACCCAUGUACAGGCACCAUACUUUAACAACUGAGUACAUGAAUAAAAUAUAUUACACCCAUGCCCCUGAGGCUCAUAAUGUGUCCCGGAUGCGAGAAACUCACUUUAGUUCCAGCCACCCAGAUAUCACUACUCAUUAUACGCAUGGAAACAUUGCACCGCAUCCUGUUCAAAAUGGUGCCCGUAACACUCCAUUACUUUACCAAUAUGCUUCUCAUUUGAAAGCCCAAAGCCAACAUUUAGGUGCAUUGCAUCACCAUCAAAUACAAGGUCAGUCUAAGAGGAGACCAGAAGGUGCUAGAAGAAAUACAUUACAGCGAACUCAAACAUAUCAUUUGACAUCACACAGUGAUUAUAACCAGCAUUUGGAAAAUAUGGACAACUUUCGCCACAGAUCUCAGCCUGAUAUUCAAGAGCAUUGUGAACGAAUGCCCCCUCCAGUAGAGAGAGUAGCAGCAGUUCCUAACUCGUUGCCUUUACGUGAACGAAACACAUUGAGACAGCCUAUGCACAUGCAACUGAAAGUGUCCACAGAUGAUUACGGGCGAGAGGAUCACAGGACCUAUCCAGAUGCGUUAAGCCCAGUCAGUCAAAUUUCUGGAUACUCUAAUUUUGAUUCUGUGAGCAUGAAUAAAUUUUCGCCUUUGUCACAAACUGACAUGAGACUAAAAGAAAAACAGUGGUAUGAGACAUCACUUGACUCACCAACAAAAGCGGAUAUUCCAUUGCUUAAGAAAAGUAAUAGUUUAAAGCGAACAUCAAGCAUAGGUAAUUCACAAGCAUAUGAAGUUAUGAUCUCAUCAGGUCGUCAUUCUGCCCUGCAGAGUCCUAACCAAGUGCCUCUUAGUCCUCCGGUGCUUUCUCCCAGUGCGGUGUCCCUCGAGUCACCUAAGAAUUUAACUGUGAUUGAACAGGGGAAGUGCAUACCAUACAGAGAAGAGACUAAGCCUUUCGAAAUGUCUGAUUUUUACAAAUAUUCUACUAAGUUUAGGCAAAACAAUGUGCCGAAGCCAGCUGCCAAUGCCGUGCCAAAUGUAGCUCACGUUAACUCGAUGUAUAACAAAUUGCCAAUGGAAUUGCCACAAUAUCAACAAGAACACUGGCAUAGCCACGGCAACUAGGAUAGUGUAUUUUGUAAUUACGAGAUAUAUUUAUUGUAAAUGGAUUUGAUAAUAAUUGGUUAAAUUGAUGUAUGCAAUGCAUAUUAAGUUGUACCUAGAUUGAUAUUUUAUAUUUCCCAUAUUUUAAUGUACAAUAAAAUGUUAGAUAAGAUUCGAUCUCUCUAUGAGCAUUCUCUAUCUUUAUACUGGCUCUCAUUUUUUUAUAAUGCUGCCAUUUAUAAACCUUAAAGUAUCUGUGAUUUAACAAGCAAGAGUAAUCAGUGUUGUAGUGUUUAAAAAUAAUAAAACUAUAUGUCUAUAAAAACAUGAAAUCAUAAAAGCGUGUAAUAGUGUCAUUUUUUUCUUUUGAAUUCUAACAGCUGAUAUUUUCGACUAUAUCUACAUGUACUUUAAAUACAUUU